AUGGCCUGGGGGAACCACAGCACCAUCACUGAAUUCUUCCUCCUCGGACUGUCUACUGAUCCCAAAAUCCAAGUUCUGCUCUUUGUAUUAUUCCUGGGAAUUUACCUCCAGACCCUGAUGGGAAAUCUGUUGAUGCUUCUGGUCAUCUGGGUAGAUUUUCAUCUCCACACACCCAUGUACUUCUUCCUGAGUCACCUCUCUUUUCUGGAUCUUUGCUUCUCUUCUACCACAGUGCCCAAACUGCUGGAAAAUCUAAUAUCUCAAAGAAAAACCAUCUCUAUGCAAGGCUGUCUGGCUCAAGCCUAUUUUUUGUUUGCUAUUGGAGGCACUGAAGUCUGCCUGCUUGCAGUGAUGGCCUAUGACCGCUAUGUUGCCAUAUGCCAUCCUCUGCUCUACAGCCAGAUGAUGAGCAACCAACUCUGUAAGGGACUGGUGUGGGGAUCCUGGAGCGUAGGCUUCCUAGAUGCACUCAUCAACAUUCUUAUAGCUCUGGACUUGGACUUCUGUAAAGAUAAGUGUAUCCCCCACUAUAGUUGUGAACUGCCCUCACUCUUCCCUCUGUCCUGCUCUGAUGUUUCCACCAAUGUUACUGUUAUGCUCUGCUCCAGCCUCCUGCAUGGACUUGGAACCUGUGUUCUAAUCAUUUUCUCCUAUACUCUCAUCGUCUCCACCAUCCUGAGCAUCAGCUCCUCCACAGGUAGAAGCAAAGCCUUCUCCACCUGCUCCUCCCACAUCACUGCAGUGCUCCUAUUUUAUUGCACAUCUUUCAUUUGCUAUGUCAUGCCAAACCCAGAUUCACCAAUGGAGUUGAUAUUCUCUGUGCAGUAUAAUGUGAUAACUCCCCUAGUGAAUCCACUCAUUUACAGCCUGAAGAACAAUGAGGUAAAAGUAGCUGUGAGGAGGACUUUUAGAAAAUACCUUCAAUAUCUACGGUAG